UUCUCCUCCAUCAGCUAUCGAUGAGAAGGAGGGAUCGCGGCAUGGAGGGGGAAAAAAAUCCUCCUUUUCCGUGCCACAUCAGCUGCGCUCCGCUUCGCUUUCCUUACGCCUCGCCCGAAAAAAAAAAAAAAAAGCAAACUUCUCUCAAAGUGAACUGUUUCCACUUUUCGCCUCUUUGGUCACAUCUGUGCGUCGGCUUUCGCCUCUCCAGUGAGAACUCUCGUCUGCUUCUUCGCUCUUUGCCCGCCACAUCCUCCGGCUCGUGUUUUGACUAUCAGCUCUUUGCGCGUCUUUCUCCGGCGAGUCCAAAUCAUUUCUCCCCGGCUCGUCGGGACGGCAGCAGAGUCGUGAAGUCUCCGCAAUCACGUGAUUGAGACAGUACUGAACAUCGUGUUUAUUUAUUUAUUUAUUUCCCCUCCUCUCCUUGGUGUGUGUGUGUGUGUGUGGACCUCUCUCCGUGUGUAGUUGCAGGGGUGUCCCUCCUCCGUGUUUUUUUUUUUUUUAUUCAGCUGCUUGCCAUGCUUUAGACGCUGGAGCGCUGGGAGAGAGAAGCGGGAGUGAGAGAGAGGUGCGCCGGGUCUCUCUCUCGCGGGGCUGUACCUGUCUCCUCAGUCCUAUACCUCGGGUCCCCAUCGGUUCCUCCGUGUCCUUUUGCAGCUCACGUUCGUGCGGUUGGCUUGAUUGUUUUGGUUUAGAGAAAGAGAGAAAGAUAAAAAAAAGAAGGAAAAAAAAAACUAACAAGGGAAUCAUAAAAAAAAAAGAAAAAGAUUUUACUCCUGUCUGGUUUGAAAGAAAAGAAGAUCGUGGAUUUGACAUUUACUGACUGUAUUUUCUUCUUCGGGCGCUCCGUUUUGGACAGUGCAGGACAGUUGGAGCCAAGCUUGGAUGAGCCGCCUCGCUGAAACACCGAGAUGGAGUUGCUGCUGAUCUGCUUUUCCUUUUGGAUAUUGCACUGCAAUCCAGCCAAUGCGGACUCAAUCAUUCAUAUCGGUGCCAUAUUUGAGGAAAACGCUGUCAAAGAUGAUGAGAUUUUCCAACUCGCCAUCUCAGACCUGAGUCUAAACGAUGACAUUCUGCAGAGUGAGAAAAUCACCCACUCUGUGAAACUUAUUGAACCCAACAACCCAUUCCAGGCCGUGCAGGAAGCGUGUGAAUUAAUGAACCAGGGGAUCCUUGCUCUGGUUACGUCUACGGGUUGUGCAGCUGCGAGUGCCUUGCAGUCUCUAACAGAUGCAAUGCACAUCCCCCACCUCUUCAUCCAAAGAAACGGAGAUGGUGGACCCCGCACCGCCUGCCAGCUCAACCCCAGCCCAGAUGGAGAGAGCUACACACUGGCUGCCCGUCCACCUGUUCGUAUCAACGACGUCCUGCUUACCCUUGUCUCAGAGUUUCACUGGCAAAAGUUUAUCAUCUUUUACGAGAGUGACUAUGAUAUCCGAGGGCUACAGACCUUCAUGGACCAGGCAUCUCGGCUCGGUCUGGAUGUGUCCCUUCAGAGGGUGGACCGCAACGUCAGUCGAGUAUUCACUGAUCUCUUCAGUACAAUGCGCACGGAGGAACUGAACCGCUACCGGGACACUCUACGACGGGCCGUGCUCCUCAUGAGUCCUCGAGGAGCUCAGGUGUUCAUCCACCAGGCGGUGGAAACCAACCUUGCAUCCAAGGACAGUCACUGGGUCUACGCCAAUGAGGAGGUGAGCGAUGCAGACAUAAUGGAGCUGAUUCACAGCUCGCUGGGGCGGAUGACAAUCAUACGUCAAGUUUUUCCACUGUGGCGGGACACCAACGUUCGCUGCAUGAGGAACAAUCACCGUAUUUCGUCCCUGCUGUGUGACCCACAGGAAGGCUACCUGCAGUCAUUGGAGGUAUCCAAUCUCUACCUUUAUGACAGUGUUUUGAUGUUGGCAAAUGCCUUCUAUAGAAAACUGGAGGACAGAAAGUGGCACAGCAUGGCCAGUCUAAACUGCAUGAGGAAAUCCACAAAGCCAUGGAAUGGAGGAUGGUCUAUGCUGGACACCAUUCAAAAGGGAAGGAUCAGUGGCCUCACAGGAAUGAUGGACUUCCGUGCUGAAGGCUCUAAUUCCCACGUACAGUUCGAGAUCCUUGGGACUAGCUACAGUGAGACAUUUAUGAAAGAUGUGAAACGGCUGGCAUCGUGGGACUCCACUCGUGGUUUGAAUGGAAGCCUGAAGGAGAAUCGGAUAGAGAGCGGUAUGCAGGGAGUGACGCUCAAGAUUGUAACAUUACUGGAGGAACCUUUCGUUAUGGUGGCAGAAAACAUUCUUGGUCAACCCAAACGAUAUAAAGGUUUUUCUAUCGAUGUCCUGGAUGCCCUCGCCAAGAUCCUGGGCUUCAAGUACGAUAUUUAUCAAGUUGGUGAUGGGAAGUAUGGCUCAGCUCUCCCCAAUGGGUCCUGGAAUGGUGUGAUUGGAGAACUCAUUGGCAAGCGGGCUGACCUGGCCGUAUCCGCCAUCACCAUCACACCAGAGCGUGAGAGUGUGGUGGACUUCAGCAAGCGCUACCUGGACUACUCUGUGGGAAUCCUGAUGCGCAAGUCAGAGGAGAAGAUCAACAUUUUUUCCCUGCUGGCGCCAUUUGAUCUGGCCGUGUGGGCGUGCAUUGCUGCAGCCAUCCCCGUGGUGGGCAUCAUGAUCUUCCUGCUCCGGCGUAUCCAGGCGGUCAGAUGUCACAGCAACACAGGCCAUCCACCACCUUCCACUUCUACCUCACUUCAGAGCGCCAUCUGGAUUGUCUAUGGUGCUUUUGUGCAGCAAGGCAGUGACUCCAUCCUGGGCUCAGUGGCUCUGCGUAUUGUCAUGGGCAGCUGGUGGCUUUUCACCCUCAUCGUGUGUUCGUCCUACACAGCUAACCUGGCUGCCUACCUCACUGUGUCACGCAUGGACAACGCUGUUAGGUCAUUCCAGGAUCUUUCCAAACAAGUGGACCUUGCCUAUGGGACAGUGCGAGACUCAGCUGUGUAUGAAUAUUUCCGCGCUAAAGGCACCAACCCUUUGGAGCAGGACAGCACAUUUGCUGAACUCUGGAAGGUCGUCAACAAGAACAAUGGCUUUGAUAACUCUGUUUCAAGUCCAUCAGAGGGCAUCAAAAAGGCAAAGCGAGAGUCAUACGCCUUUCUGUGGGACAUGGCAGUGGUGGAGUACGCUGCUCUGACAGAUGACGACUGCACACUGACUAUAGCAGGAAACAGCAUGAGCACCAGAGGCUAUGGCAUGGCCCUGCAACAUGGCAGUCCUUACAGAGACCUCUUCUCUCAGAAGAUUUUAGAACUUCAGGAAAAAGGUGAUCUAGACAUCCUGAAGCAAAAAUGGUGGCCAAAGAAAGGUCGCUGUGACUUGCAGAGCCACACAGACGCACAGCCAGAAGGACGAGCGCUGCGUCUCCACAGCUUUGCUGGUGUGUUUUGCAUCUUAGCCGCAGGGCUUCUACUCGCCCUCCUGGUAGCCGCGCUGGAAACCUGGUGGAACAGCAACCACUGCCGGAGAGAGCAGCCCAAAGAGGACAAAGAAGUGAACCUGGAACAGGUCCACCAGCGUUUGAACAGCCUCCUGGACGAGGACCUAGCACACAAGCAGCUGCCAGGUCAGUCAAUCGAGAUCUCCGCCCUUGACAUUGGCAGUAUGCAGCCCAGUCAGUCUCUUGAGGCCUUGUCUGUUCGAGACUACCCAUCACACCGUGGGCCCUCGCCUCUGUCUGUGACCACCUUCCUCCAGGAGAGCCAUGGGGCAGGAAGGACACUGCGAGCAGCCGCUGGCAGGACCUUGCCCCUGCCGCUCAGCAGUGCCACAAUGCCCUCUAUCCGGUGCAAACACAGAGCGCCCAAUGGGGGUCUCUUCCGGCAGAGCCCAGUCAAGACACCCAUGCCAUUGUCCUACCAACCAGUGCCAGGAGGACCCAUCCCAGAAGCCAGAGAGCCCAGCCACGGGACAUCUAUUUGAGCAUGACAAACAUUCACAAACACUCGAGCUCAAACAGGAGAGUGCAGAGCUAAUUGGAGUGCCUACAGUAUGAGGAGAUAUAAAUAAACCGUACAAAGGAUUUUUAUUACAAAGUGAGAUGACACAUGACGGGACACUAAGACUUUAAUGUAGAUAUUUGUAAGUACAAAUAAAAAGCAACAUUAAAAAGUGUAUUUUGAAUAUUCUUCACGGUUGGGGUUAAAAAAAUCUAACAGAUUGAAAAAAAAAAACGACUGUUUGAAUGGCUUUGUAAAUUUUGUUCUAAAUGAAUAAAGGUGACAAUUCUUUGUGGUGGUUUUCUAAGUGCCAAGUUUAAAGAUGUUUUCUUUCAGAUCAACAUUAACUGAUUGUACUGUGAGAAUACAUGGAAAAAAUAAUGACAUUUCACACUUCAAAAUACAUGGGAAGAGUUGAUUUUGUUUAAUAAAAAAAUAAAAACUAACAAACACCAAA